AUGGGGAAGGCUUGUGUCCAACUUGAUGUACUGAUUCCACUUGUUUGCUUUUAUUUCAUUUCGAUGCUCGGGGAAGGAAGCUAGCUGAUGGAUGGGCGGGCGGAUUGCAGGUAAUAAUUGUCGGCGCGGGUCUGGGCGGGCUGGGGGCGGCCAUAGCAAUUUCCCUCGCGGGCCACAGAGUGAUAGUUCUAGAGGCUUCUGCUGCCAUCGGAGAAGUAAUCCCACCCCCUCUCCCCUAGUUCCUCUAUUAUUCGACUACUAACACCAAAUAUCAUAGAUAGGGGCAGGCAUCCAAAUACACCCCAAUGCCUCAAAGAUCCUGACGGCAUGGGGCAUGCGGGAUGCCCUCCUCCAAUACGCUACGUUCCCAAAGCAGGUGAACAUGAUCGGGUGGAAGGGCAACCGCAUAGCACACAUGAAUUUUGCAGAGCACGCAGAAAAGUACAACUCCCCCUUCUGGGACUUCCACCGCGCGUCCCUACACAAGUGCCUGUUCGACCGAGCUGUCGAGCUCGGUUGCAAAGUCCUGAUGAAAUCGAGGGUGGACGGCGUGGAGUUUGGUGGGUUGGGUGGCGUGUGCACGGUUUCGCUGCACGAUGGGAGGAGGCUGAGUGCGGAUUUGGUUGUGGGCGCUGAUGGGAUCAAUUCCGUCAUGAGGGAGUGCUUGGUUGGGCGUCCGGAUAAGCCGACUCCGACGGGGGAUUUGGCAUACCGGUUGUUGCUCAAUACGAAGGGUAUGAUGGAGGAUCCCGAAUUGAGGGGGUUCGUGACCGAUCAGCAUGUUAAUUAUUGGAUGGGGCCCGGUGCACAUGCUGGUAUUCUCCCUUCCUUUGUUUAGGUAGGAGGAAAAUCGUGUUAAUGAGAUGAUAGUGAACUACGUCCUAAAAGGCGGAGAACAAUUCAACAUGGUCCUUCUCACUCCGGACGACAUCCCCGAAGGUGGAGCAACAACGAUUGAAGGAAAUGUAGACGAGAUGCGAGCGAUCUACAAAGACUGGGACCCAAAGUACUUCCCCGCUUAUCCCUUUCUUCCUCCAAAGCACUAACCCUCCCGGAAGGAUAGGGAAACUCCUCGCCCUCUGCGAGUCAGUCUACAAAUGGAAACUCUGCAUCCGCGAGGAACUCCCCAGUUGGUCCCACCCUUCGGGUACCUUCACUCUGCUCGGUGACUCCGCCCAUGCCACACUCCCCUACCUAGCCUCAGGAGCAGGUAUGUCCCUCGAAGAUGCCGCAGUCCUGGGUGAGUGCCUUUCCCGCAUAUCCUCAAAAUCCGGCAUUCCGUUAGCUCUAUCAGUAUACGAAGCGUGCCGGAAGAAGCGCACCACGAAGGUAGUACAGAGGGGAAACGUCCAACAGCACCUCUAUCACCUGCGCGAUGGGCCGGAGCAGCAGGAGCGAGACGCAAAGAUGAGGAUGGUGCCGACCCCGCCUGGGGAGUGCCUCGCCUGGAGGGAUCCGGGAUUUGCGCCUUGGUUGCUCGGAUAUGAGGUAUUGAGGGAUGUUGAAGCAAAUUGGCCGAAGGGGGCAGAGAGGGGAGGGGAGGGGAGGGGGUCGAAGGCUCGCGCGAAUUUAUAG